AUGCAAUCAAUUUACAAUAUCUAUUUUCAUCCCUUGUCGAAUGUACCUGGCCCGUACGCUUGGUCUGCUUCCAGACUACCGUUUGUAGUUUCGCUGCUCAGGGGCACCAUCGUUCAUGAUAUUCAAAGGUACCAUCACGCAUAUGGCCCAGUCCUUCGCAUCGCCCCAAAUGAAGUCACAUUCGCGUGCGCAGACGCCUGGUCGGAUAUUCUACAGUCACGUUCCGAGCAGUUUCUGAAGGACCCUGUAUGUGCAAUAGACACCAAAACUCAUGCUCGGAUGCGGAAAUCCUUAGCACCGGCAUUCACUCUACGUGCGCUGAGGGCUCAAGAGCCAAUACUACACCAAUAUGUCAACCUCCUUGUUGACCGAUUGACCCAGCGCGCGAGGUUUGGAGAAUAUUUCAACUGUCUCCAUAACUCCCAAUAUCACCCGUGGAUUUCAUUGCUUUUCAACAGCGUCAAAGCGGCUUCAUUCGUUGCCGCUGCUCGAUUCUACCCUUUCGUUGAGUUCAUCCUUCUGAAGCUCAUUCCACCAUCAUUGAGAAAGAUGCAAAAGGACCACUAUCAGAAAAUAGUAGACAAGAUAGAGCAACGCCUCAAUUUUGAGUUGGAGAGACCGGAUAUCAUGUCUUAUGUUAUCGCAGAGGAUGGCAAGAAAGGGUUCUCCAGAGACGAAAUCAAUGCAACGUUCAUGACGCUCACGACAGCUGGGAGUGAAACGACGGCUACUGUACUUGGUGCGACGCUGAAUUAUCUCGUGUCUGACCCCGAGAAGCUUAAAAUGUUAUCGGAUGAGGUCCGGCAACGAUUUGCCGCAUUCGAAGAUAUUACGCUUGGUGCCCUUCCGUCUUUACCUUACCUCAAUUCUGUGAUCAACGAGGGCCUGAGGCUCUGUCCGCCAAUUCCUUGGAUACUUCCAAGAAAAGUUCCACAUCCUGGAGCAAUGGUCUGCGGGACAUGGCUACCUGGUGGAACCCCUGUAUCAAUUCAAGCCUAUACUUUGAACCGAGAUCCUAAAUGUUUCUACGCUGCCACAUCGUUUCUUCCCGAGCGCUGGUUGCCUGAGGAGACCUCAAAUCCGACUUCGCUCUUCUACAAAGACCAACGAGAUGCAUUUCAACCCUUCAGCGUUGGGCCGCGGUCGUGCCUCGGCCAGCAUCUUGCUCGGGCAGAGCUACGUCUCGUGCUGGCAAAAUUGAUCUACAAGUUCGACUUUACUGCAGUCAAAGACAAGGUGGUAAAGUGGGAGCAGCUGCGGACUUUCUUGCUGGUAGAGAAAAAGCCUAUCAUGGUCAAUAUGGGAUUAAGGAGGAGGGUCAUAGGGAGUGUCCCGGAGUGGAUAGAAGGCUAGUCACGCAAGAUGUCGUAAUGUUGCCUAAUUCCUCUCAUAUGCAAGAAGUCUGUCGAUAUACUGUAUAUGAACUUUGAUCGCACCCCUUAAGUAAAGAAUGUCACUGUUGCGGCGAGCGGGCAAGACACGAGCAAAUCAAACCCUCCAGUAAAGUUUGCCAUUGAGCUAUCAACAUCACUUGGUUCGUUCAGACCAUCUAGGAUUUGGACCCCAGUGGAACCCCAAACCAACAAUCCUCUAUCUGCAGUGGACGCUGCAGCCAACUGAGAAUCAAGCCAGCUAGACCCGGGGCAAUCCAUGUCUUGUUAGUUAUGCCUGCAUGUACGAUACUAACAACCGUCAUUCAUGCCAAAGUGCCAACAUGCGCUCUUUCCGUCGCAAAAUCUGUACGGUACAGGUAAAGGCAUGUGCCGUGAGCUUUCAUAUAAUACAAGUGG